AUGAGUCUGGCGUUGAACUCCAGCCUGGAGGGGCGCGAUGGGGACAGGGUCCAACCGGACCCCAGUCCGCCCAGCAACGGCAGCAGUGGGCUCCGGGACGCCGGAGAGAGCGACCUGGACGUGAACACGGAUAUUUAUUCCAAAGCGGUGGUCACCCUGAUCUACAUCGGGCUCUUCGUGCUGGGCUCGUUCGGUAACUUCAUCACCAUGUACACCCUGGUGAAGAAGAAGACACUGCAACACCUGCAGGGAACCGUGAACUAUCACCUCGCCAACCUAGCCCUGUCCGACCUCCUCAUUCUCCUGCUCUGUAUGCCCAUCGAGCUCUACAACUUCAUCUGGGUGCACCACCCCUGGGCUUUCGGUGACGCCGUGUGCCGGGGUUAUUACUUUCUCCGGGAUGCUUGCACCUACGCCACGGCACUCAACAUCGGCAGCCUCAGCGUCGAGCGCUACAUGGCCAUCUGUCACCCGUUCAAAGCCAAGACCCUGAUGUCCAGCAGCCGCACCAAGAAGCUCAUCUCCCUCAUUUGGGUGCUGUCCUUCCUGCUCGCCACCCCAAUGAUCUUCACCAUGGGGCAGAAGUAUGCCAACCCUGUCCCCGAUCCGGAUGACUUGAUCUGCACCACCAUCGUGGAUGAAAUGACCGUCAAAACCGUCAUUCAGGUAAAUGCAUUCCUGUCCUUUGUCAUACCCAUGGUAAUGAUCUCAGUCUUGAACACAAUCAUUGCCAAUCAGCUGAUAGCAACCUUCAAGCAUGCAGCUCAGGACAGUCGGAUGUGUACUAUCGAAGGGCAACAAAACACACUGAGCAUUUCGGUGGAACCAAACCGGAUCCAAUCUCUUCGGCAUGGAGUCAAAGUUCUCAGGGCUGUAGUCAUUGCCUUUGUGGUAUGCUGGCUUCCAUAUCACGUGCGUCGUCUGAUGUUCUGUUAUGUGCCCAAACAUCAGUGGACAGAAUUUCUCUACGAUUUCUAUCAUUACUUCUACAUGGUGACAAAUAUCCUCUUCUACGUCAGCUCCACUAUCAACCCUAUCCUGUACAACCUAGUCUCUACAAACUUCAGACAAAACUUCUUCUCUACACUCAGCUCCUAUUGUCUUCUCAGGCGAUCAAAAGCCAAGACUCGUGCAAUUAGCAGGAAGUCAAAUAGUAUUUCCAGCAAUCAUAAUUACUCCAAUAUCGUCACAAAAGAAACAAUGUACUAA